AAACUACUGGAUUGCCAGAAUCAGUCAGUCAUUAGAUUAGAGCUGAUGGGAAACAGCUUUGCGAGUAAGUAGACUUGAUAAAUUGUAGUUGAACAAGGCUGUGUGUGGAAGAGAGAAAUGUACGUGUAUUUCAUCAGCUCAUCAGACAGAUAGGGUGCCUGGGAGACAGUGUUACAUUGUAAACAGGACCGUAUGACAUGAUGACAGCUAGACUGAUUUGAAAUGUCUUCACCACUCUUGCUGAUUCACAGCCAAUCCGGUUCGGUUAUUUAUUUGUGGUGAAACUUUAUAUUAGGAGGAGUUAUUUUUUUCUUUCCGAACUUCAGAGGAAGAAGGCAGGCCAAGCCUUCCCUCUGCUCCAACUACAGAGAAAGUCACACCAUCAGCCUCCCUCUUUCUGUGCACGGACCACCCUCCACUGUUCUCCUAGUGGACGGUGUUUGCCCAUACCGUAGCAGGCCUUCAUUCUAAAUGAGAGCAAAGACAGACAGAGAGUGAGAGGAGGAGAAUGGAGAACAUGAACCUGCGUAUGAAUCAAAACUGAGACACCAAGGCUGGGUAUAAUACCUGCAAUUUCUGGACUGAACUCAUUGACACAGAUCUUAAGCUACUUGGUGGUAAAGAGAGAAGGAACCAUGGGGUCUGGAUCAUGGAGCGUAUUUAUUCUGGUUGGUCUGUCGUUUUGCGGCAGCAGCCAAGCCCUCACAAAGAGCCCCAUCCUGUCCCGGAUACGAAGGGCUCCAGAGGCCAAUGGGGAAAGCAAGAAGUGCUCCUACACCUUCCUGGUUCCUGAGCAGAAGAUCACAGGACCCAUAUGUGCCGCCCGCGGUUACUCUACCGACAAGGAUCGAGUGACACGCCUGGAUGUGGCUGGAGUGCGGGACGUCCUGUCGAAGCAGCGUAGGGAGACGGAAACUUUGAAGCUGGUGGUGGAUGUGGACGGCAACUUGGUGAAUGAAAUGAAGCUGUUGAGGAAAGAGAGCAGGAACAUGAACUCCAGAGUGACCCAGCUGUACAUGCAGCUGCUUCACGAGAUCAUCAGGAAGAGGGACAACUCGCUGGAGCUGGCGCAGCUGGAGACUCGCAUCCUCAAUGCCACCUCAGAGUCACUGCGCCUGGCAUCCCGGUACAAAGAGCUGGAGUCCAAAUACGCAGCCCUGUCUGCUGUAGUGAACAACCAGUCAGUGCUGAUUGGGGCACUUGAGGAGCAAUGCAUGCAGGUGUACAGCCGCAGGCAUGACCAGACACCCUUGGGACCUCCACUUGUGCAGGUGGUACCUGAGAACAUUCCUGUUAGUGUGCCACGUUUCACCAAUGAGAUCCAGAGGGACAACAACCGAGGCUUUGCCCGAGAAAGGGGCUCUCGCUCUGGGCCGUCACCCACGGGCGGCACCCUGGAAGUUCAGAAACCUCCACCUAGAAACUUCAGUGCUGAAGGUCCUUUCAGAGACUGUCUCGACGCGCAGGAAGCUGGCCACAGCACCAGCGGCAUGUACCUGAUCAGACCAGACGAAGCAGAAAGGCCAGUGCAGGCUUGGUGUGAACAGGACAUCGACAACGGCGGCUGGACCGUUAUCCAGAGCAGGCGAGACGGCUCCAUUAACUUCUUCAGGAACUGGGAUAGCUACAAGAGCGGCUUUGGCAAUAUAGACGGGGAAUACUGGCUCGGCCUGGAGGGCAUCUACAACCUGGGGAGGCAGGGGGACUACAAGCUGCUUGUGGAGCUGGAGGACUGGAUGGACAAGAAGGUGUACGCUCAGUACAGCAGCUUCCAUCUAGAGCCUGAGAGCGAGGGAUACCGUCUGCGACUGGGCACCUACCAGGGCAACGCCGGGGACUCCAUGAGCAGCGACAACGGCAAACAGUUCACUACUCUGGAUCGAGACAAGGACGCCUACUCAGGUAACUGUGCCCAUUUCCAUAAAGGAGGCUGGUGGUACAACGCUUGCGGUCAAGCCAACCUGAACGGUGUCUGGUACACCGGAGGCGUUUACCGCAGCAAAUUCCAAGAUGGGAUUUUCUGGGCCGACUAUGGUGGAGGCUUCUACUCUAUGAAGGCUGUCCGUAUGCUGAUCAGGCCCAUAGACUGAGGAGAUAUUUGAAGCAAGGCUGAACCAGUGGCAACUGUGGAGGCCAGGGAGAAACAUUGUGACUGGAUAAGUCAUCAGCAACUGGUUCAUCCUAGAUAAAAGAACUUCCCCAACCAAUGGAGACAACCAAUCAUCAGUAGUGACUUGAACUGCCUUCUGUAACAGACAUGGACUGUUCACUUUAUAUGGUAAUAGAUGCACAAAAAGAGGGAUUUAGGGGGCAUUCCUAUUUAUAGUAAGCCAUAAUGCUACUUUUAUCAAUAAAUAUGUUGGUGCAGGCAAAUUAAGUAUAAUUUCAGAAGAUGUUCUGAAAUUAACAUCUUCUGAAUGUUAUUGCAUAUAUUAUUCCAAAUAAUGCAAUCUGUCUUAUCUGUUUAUGAGACUGCAGUGUUUUCCUCAUUACUGGGUCACCCCGUGGAGACGAGGUGCCACAUCCUUACAGAACCUUCAUAUUGUUUUCAUUCAUAAGUUUUAGCCUCACAGGAUCUAAAAGCAGCUUUUCCUACCUUGUCAAGAUAAACAUGUGGAGGGAACACUCAUACAUGGUAUAUAAGUUGUGCUAUAGUUGCUGGGAGCUGGAAAAUACAUCUUGUUAAUACAGAUAUUUAUACUCUGUAUCCACUUCCAAAUCUAAAAAAGGCCAGCGCCUUAAAUAGAUUGAGAAGGAAUGUGGUUUAAAUACAUCUUUUUAUAUACACCUGAUUACAAAAACAGCCUGGUUUAAUUUUUUUCUCCCUACACUUAAAACAACAUUAAUACUCUAUGUUAAACUACUUUGUCCAAGUGCAGAUGACCAGAAAUUAUAAUUUAUGUGUACAAUUAACUUAUCAUAACAGGGAAAAGGGCCAGGUGUCCUGAGGGAACAGUAAAUGAUCAUAUAGAGAAAAUAAGAAAUGUCCUCCUAACUGUAUAAAUGACAAUCAUUCCUAAAGUGAGCUUGCACGUAUGGAAAUUGCUGUUAUGUGUUUUUCUCAUUUGGCUGUUGAUGUAAUUUCAGUAUGAUUCUGGGGAAAAUGAUCAUUGUUGAUGAAAAAAAUGGAAUAGCGUUUUGUUGAUGAGUUGUUUUUGAGCAUGAAAAAUAUGCCAACCAAGCGUGUUGAAAGUUAGGCAAUGGGACAGACAACGAGAAACACAUUGCUGAAAACCAGACACGAUGAAAAAAGAAAAAGAGAGCAGGGAGGGGAUGAACUGGGAUGGAAUCAGUCCAAAUUUCCGAGUUAUAUUCCCCCACUCUUCCUUAUAAAUACAGAGACAUUUACAUUCUUUCCACACAAAAGUGCUUGAGUUGUAUGUUUUCGUAAAAUAUCUUUUAAAGUCAGUGGGCCUGCACUCUGUAAUCGCCGGUAUGGAAGGAAAGCGGCAUCCUUUUAGGGGAGCCAUCCCAGAGGAGAGGGGAGCUGGGGGUUUAUUUUCCUUUUUUUGAACAGUUGGGUCUGCUUUGAACAACGGAGCUGCAUUGCCUUUGGUGUCUCAGACAAAAAUAGAAACCUCAUAUUGUGA